AGGGGAAGUGAAUGGACACACUGCUAAUUUAGGGAGGGCACUGUGUGUGAAUUGCACAUGAGUGAGAUGCAGUGUUUUCUACUCCUACUGAGAAUUUUCAAAUGUAGUUCUGUCAGGUUACCAAGUGUUACCAAGUGUUUGCACUUCUGCCAUGCAGAUGAGUGUCUGUAAAGCUUUGCCUCUGACUUGCACCCUUCCCAUACAGUGGGUCACUGAGUGAAUACGGAAGCACACAAGUGCUUUGUGGGCACAAGAGAAAGUGAAUAUAACAGAUUUUCUGCAAUUUUUAAGUGCAACUUUCGGCGUUACCCAGAGGAAGUCCUUUGGCUGUUGCCAUCUGUGCUGGCACAGACAUUUUUGAAACAGGGUUCAGAUGAGAACAUGAGCAGGUAGAUAGAUCAAAAACUGUUGGGUGCAUGCUUUGUAACCUGGCCUGCUGGGCUCUGGGACCCUGUGGUGCCUCAGUGCGGGUCUGCAAUGGAUCAUAGGUGGUCUGGUCAUUGCCUGGUAAGUAGGGACACAGCCUGGCCACAGCCUCCUGCAGGGCUGUGCUGCAGGAGUUUGCUGCAGGGGGCAGUGUAGUGUGGGGUAGGAGUGAGCAAGUUGCUGUGGAAAUGGCUUCUUGGGAUUGUGCAGGCUAAUUGUGGUUUAACUGUGUGUGGAAACUAUAGCCAAGGUAUUCAGAAUGCUCACAAGGCUUUCGAAAUUGGACAGUGGUACUGUCUGGAAGCAGCCAACCUCUUAAAAUAGUGCAGCCAGCAGGAGCAGGAGGUGGUAGUCUAGCUGUGCUCAGCUCUAGUGAGGUCUUGAGUAUUGUGUUCAGUUUUGGGUCCCUCGAUACAUGAAAGACAUCAAGGCCCUGGAGAGUGUUCAGAGAAGGGCAGUGGACCUGUGACGGGUUCUGGAGCACAAAUCUUAUGAGGAGCAGCUGAGGGAACUAGGGAUUGGAAGCAUCAACUGCGCCCCUGGGCCUUGUGGGCAGCCCUGAGCCUGCCCCGGGCUCUGUGUGCAUGAUAUGGGCCGCAAGCAGCCAGCAGAUCAUUUUCCUUCUCAGAGGCUGGAUUUUAUUGCAGUAACUGACAUGCUAAUGAACGAACUCAUAAUUAAUGUCAAUGAGAAUGUAACUCACUUGUUAUUAACUAAUGUAGUGAUCUUGAUAGAAGUGCGUGGGGAUUUGUGUCAUCAUUUAAUGAAGACCAAGUGUGGAAAGUUGAAGAUAGAACAGGAAAAGUCAUGGAAAACUAACAACGGGGGAAGCAUGUAUAGGAAUUUACAGCAUUAAUUGCAGAAAUAAGAGCUGCAGAGCUCAUGGAUGCAGAAGGUGAAUAAGCUCCUUGUGACAUCUGCCUCUGAGCCUCUUCUCCCAUCACAGAGGUACAGUGUGAUGAGUUAUUUGUCUGAGCGAAGGAAAGCCUCAGCCCCUGAAGGAAUCUGGGGAUGUGGAGCUGGGAUGCCCGUGCUAUUGUCUUCGUUUCAGCUGGUAACAAACAAGGGGCUUUGUGUGCUGUUGCUUGUCAAAAUGAGGCCUGCCUAGGAAGCCUGGUCUGAAUUCUUUCUCUAUCUUCUUUACUUCCAUAAGCACUGACUUCCACUUUGAGGUACCAGAAAGUGUGCACUAUAGGGCACAGUAAAAAGUGCUACUACAGCCUGUUGUAGAUGAGUAAAAUAAAGCCCCAAAUGUUUUGCUAAAGCAUUUCAUUUGCUUGGGCACUAAUCCUCUGGGGAAGUCUCUAGAUCUAAUAGUUAAUGCUCAUAAGGGAAAAUGGUGUUUCAGAAGCAACUGCCUACAUUCUGGUGCAUGUUCUUUCUUUCAUCUUUUCUCCUCAGACUUGGAGAACAUUGCUAUGAUUGCUAUGAUCCCACCCGUUUCCUCUCUUUCCCCCUCCUUCCCCGCACACCCAAUUUUAUGUGUGCCAAUGGAAAGAGCUUAACGCACUUUCCUUUUUGGAGCUUUUCUUAUCAAAUUUAAGCUUUUCAGGCAUGAUAAAAAUGCUUCUGCAGUUAGGGAAUCGAGUGGGGCUCAAAAAUAAUCUUUUUCUUGUUGUCCGAGGAUUAUUCUGGCGUUACUGUUCUUGAAUGCAGGCAACACUGAGGAUGAAGCAAUGCUAUUUGCAAAGCUGUAUGCAGUCACUGCAAUCAAAAAUGUUGAGGAAGUGACGAGUAGCACUGAAUGAGCACAUGCAGAUAAUGUGUUCAGAAUGCUGUAGUCUGAAGAGAAAGAUUGCUCAGUCUGCCUUCCUCAAGAUUUCAGACCAAGGUUUUCAGAAAAGCUCCUGCUCCCCCUGAGCCAUUGCAUCCACAGCACGCAAAGGGCAAACUGUGUUUGUGUGUUUGAGCUGCCAGUGCUGCGUGGCUCUGCAAGGCUGGAGGGCAGUGGGCUUUUGCAAGUAAAGUGCUUGCUUAGAAUAUCAGAUCCAAAGCUGCAGCAUUGGUGGGCUCAGAGGUGUCAGUGUGGUUUGUUGUGAUGUCUUUCAGGCUUGCUUGGCACAAGCCUGUUCCUCGGGGAGGCCUCCCCAGGUUGGACUUCUGGCUGCUUGGCCAAUGUGUGCUUGUCCUGAUGGCUGGUUCAUGGGGAUGGUGCAUGAGGCAGCAGGCAUCUUCCUCUCCUUCCCACAUGGACAGCUUCUCAUUUAGACAGCUACCAGUCACAGUGUUGUUUUGCUUAGCAGGUGACAUAGCCCGCUGCUACCAUAACCUUGCUGUGGUCUGUCAUGGUUUUCACCUUUGCUUUCUUCUCCUGAGAGUCUGCAGAAACGACCCGACCCCCUAUGGCAAAGUGCUUCCUGCACCUUAAAUCCAAGGAUUAAAAUUAACCCAAGUCUGGGAACUGCUGGACACGUUCCUAAUGCACACUGCUGUUCUUCUGCGGGAAAGAAAUAGCUGGCACAGAUAAUCUGCAGCACAAAUCUCUGAAAUAAGUUCUGCAAAAUUAAAAUUCAGGUGGGGGUUAUGCAGAUUGCCUUAUUUGAAUAUUGAAAUCUUCUUUAGCUUUUUGAUGACUGCUUUAUCAUUGUUUUCCAUAUAUAUGCAAUGAUGCUCAUUUACAGCCUUCCCCAAUCAGUUAUACAGAAAUACCACUGCUAUAAAUAAAAUGUCAUUUGCAGGAGACAGAGUUUUGUAAGUUAAAUGAGGAAGAAAUACUCCCUUUGAAGAAAUGUUAGCCAUGAUCAGUUGGUUUGGGUGAAAUGGCUAUUCCCUGCUCUCCUUCCUUGACGCUGGACAGGGAAUACUGGUUUCUUUUUUCUCUUUUUGGUAGUGUUUCAGGAAGAUUGUCUUAAAAAAGAAGUCUCUGGCCGCUUUUUUGUGUGCAGCUCAGCCAGGGCAGUGGUCUGCACCCAGCAAAGCACAGAGCUGUCUCUUGCUGUCCCUCACUGUGCCCUCACUUCUCCCCUGCCACGGCUGCCCUCCAAGUCCUGCCAUCAGCAGCAGAGAAGCUAAUAGUGCUCUUUUUUUCCUACUCUCUUUGUUUUCUCAGCCAGGUCAUACUUUGGCUUUUUUGGUUCUUUCUCCUUACUAUACAUGCUGUCUGCUAAAUAAUUCAGAAUUGUUGGGCAGGAGAUAUGUCUGUCUAGUUAUUUAGUAUCACCAUCUCUGCUGGUAGUAUUUGAGUAGUGUCAGUAAAGUUGUAUUUAUCACUAUUGGGCAAAAGAAGAAGUGGUGCUUCAGGUCAUAACAGCAAAAAUAAGGGCACGAGUCACGCAGCCACUCAUCAGCCCCUGAGCUGCUCCCGAUCAUCAUUCUGCCACGGGCUUCCCUGCAACCUCCCUGCAGGGAAAUCACUUCACCUCCUCAGCAGCUUGCCCUCAUUUACAUGGGAGUGGUGAAUGCGCUUCGUUGGUGAACCCCGUGGGGUCAUUUUUAAAGUUCUACUCAGGGCUUCUGGCUUCUUCAAGCACUGAGAAAUUUCCUCAGCAGCGCUGGCUUUGAAAGAUACCCAGCAGCCCAGGUCAGAACACGUCUCAGCAGCAAAACUGCAGUUGUUUGAGUGCAGGAAAUUCUGUAAAACAGGAUGGGGGCCAGGUAAAGAUAAGAGCAGGAAACUCAAACUGCAGGGAGGCUGCUUCCAGCCCUCUUUUUGUUCAAGGGUGCUUAAAUAUGCAUUGUAGGAAGCUGAAUUUUCUAUCACCUAGGAUUUCUGACUUGAUUUAACAAUCUUUACUCAAAUAGUUGGGAUGGAAGGCUUGCAUAUGCAAUAAAGAAAGGAGUUGGUAGUUCCAGUGUUCACGUUUCCAGAUCUGAGUGAAGGUAUCCAAAGCCUUCAGUUGCAUUCCCACUGGCCCUGGUGCGUAAUAGAAUUGUGGUUUAGUUUUGAGCAUCUCCCCCCACUUGAAGAUGGCAGUUCAUGGUCAUGUUCUUGCUUUUAAAUGAACGAGUAUCUCUUAAUAGGAAAUCAGUGCAGUCUUGUUGAGGCCUGGUGCUUGGGCAGUACUGAGAGCUCUCUUUGUGGUGCCCAUCAUCUGGCAGGGAACCAUCUUCUCCUUGUGGGAGAACAUAACACCUUAGCUUUCAGCUUCUGCAGACAUCUGCUCUGUGCUGAGACAUUGGUCCCCUGUCUCCCUGUGCAGCACCAUCUGGCAGCCGUCUCAUGCGAGGCUGCACUGCCCGUUGCACUGUUAUUUUGUCCCAUUCCAGUACAGCUGUAGCCAUAAGACACUGCCAUUCACGGUGAUGAAACGCAGUGAGAUUAAGCUGUAAAAAUAAAACCUGAUGCACAGAAGCCCUGAAGCGCUGCUGAACCCUAAAGCCUGAUUCUGUGAGGAAUACGGCUCAGCAUGCCUGGCGUCCUGACCCUGGGAAGUUUGUAGUCUCCUUUACUCCUGGGUCUCAUCUGAGCCAAAGAGCUGCUUGUUGGCAUUUCUGGAAGCGCAGCCUGAGCUCUGCAGGUCUGGGUGGUGAGAGCUUCGUAUGGUGCGUGCAGGGAGCGCUCGGUGUGGCUGGUUCCUUCUGAAAGCUCCUUCUGCUUAUCCUGUCCCAAACACGCCAGCCAUAGGCUUCAGCACUUGAGGCCAGUUGGCAGGUUGAGGGUUAGUUCUUGGUUGGAGGUGGUAUCCAAUGCUUGCUAUGGAAAUAGUGCUUGGUUUCACACCCAGUGUGGUUUCAUUCCCUUUGUUUUGUGAGCUGUGCUCUCUGCCAGGUAACCUCACAGGGAAAACAGUGACGUAGGACUUAGUUUUGUUCCAGCUCGAUGUGAUGAGCGAUCUUAGUAAAGCAGUGCAGUUUCCUAUUGCUUCUGCAGCUCUUACAAAUGUAAUUGUGUUGGUUUGUUUUUUUGUUUUUGGUGCUACUGCUUGUUAAGAAAGGCUCUCUGUCUGACAGCAGUUAGACAGAUGCAACUGCAAAUCAGUGUAGAGUAUACGUGAACUCAAAAACAAAUCAGUUGGGCAUUAGUGUGCUUGCAAACAAAUAACGUAUUCUUAGUUCAGUUAUUUUAAAUGGAAACCAUUUAAACUGAAUAUAGUACAAAGUCUACAAAGUUAGAAACCACCUAUUUUCUAUUUUACUUCUCAAUCUAGUCCACCACUGAGAAUUGGCUUUACUGGAGUGAGUUAGUUACUCUGACCAAGAUAGGAAGUGUGAAUGAGGUGCUACUUCCUUUGUUGCCCCCGAAUAUCAGUGCCGAUGUUUUUAAGAUACAAAACUAAGGCUUGACUUCAGAGUCUGUUUUUAAACCCAGAUCUGGGAGAGUGGUGUUCACAAGCAGUAAGCACCAGAGAGCACCUGCUCAGGUGGAGUUGGUGGGAUCUAUGACUGGCUGUCCGUGUAUUGAAUAAGCAGGUUUAGUUCCUAACCUUUAAACCUCUGCAGUGAAGGGGUGGAGGGAAAUAAGCGUCCUUGUGAUGAGACCUGAGUUUGUCCUGUGGUUGUGCUGCUGUCUGGGGGAGAGCUGCUCUUUCAGCGUGUAGCUGGUUGUUUGGAAACUUCUUUGAAAUGGGUAUAAUUUGUUUUAUAUGAUUGACUUUUUUAUUUUUCACAUCAGAUUUGCAGGGUACCUUCCUCCCCUCUCCACUUCUUUCUCCUUCCAUUGCUGUGCUGUCUGUAGUGGUGACAUCCAUCAGAUGGUUAAAGUUCAGCUUCUCGAGUGAGGAGUUUAGCUUCAGCAAAGGCUUUGGGAGAUGCUGCAGGGUUUUUUUCCCUUUACAUGGUAUGAGUGUCCUGCUAAGAUUUUAUUCAAUGGCUUUUCUGUAACGUAUGCACAGAACAUAUGAGUUGGCAAAGAGGACUUGUUUGAAUAAAUAGAGCAUCUUAGCACUGUUAUGGAGGUAUUUACUGUAAUUUAGUUGAGACUGCAUUGACCUUCACAUUUACCUGCAGGACUGACAUCCCUUGUGCAUUGAAAAUUAGUUUCCAAAUCUGUUCUAACAGAUAAAUUUUUGCAGAUUUCUGCAGUAUUUUUUCUGUUGCUGUUGUUUUGUUAGUUGUCUAGAAUGUGUGUGCAAUUAGUGUAUUUUUUUUUUGUUUGUUUGGAGCAACUUUCACACAGUGGAUAGCUGAGUUUAGCAUCCUUAGUUGUGUUUAUCUGCUGGUACUUUGUCUUCUAUCACUUAGCAGUGGAAGUGCUAGCCCUUGGCACCACAGACAGGACCUGGCUUGCUUUUUACUUUGGGAGCUAGUAACCUAGGUCUCUGUGUGGCAUAUCUCAAAUCCCAUCCAUUGUUUUCAUGCUGUAAUAUGGAUGGAACAAAGUCUUCAGUUAAAACUAAGAAGUCUGUUCUGUCUUGUUUCUUUGCUUGGCCAAUAACUCCCAAUAUUCUUGUAGCCAGUAUGCAGAAGAAAGUAGCUGGAGAAGACAGAGGAAUGCUAGGGUGGGUAGCACAGCGUGGGCUGGAAGAGCAGAUCUCAGCAUUUGUUUAGCUGGAGCUGGAGUGCUUCAACGUUUAUUAACCAGGCUUUCCAGUUUUAAGUGUGUUACGCGUCCAGUGGAGCUGCUGUAAGCCCUAACUGCUAUUGAUGUUUACAUUCUAUGUUCUUCCUAGCACAUCUUUGGUCCCAUUUAUGUUUUCUGAGGAAUUUCUUCAGAAACACAAGCAGAUAAAGUUUGUGUUCUUUAAAUACACUUCCUUGGAGGAGUCUCAGUGUUGCUCUUGCAGUGGAGGAAUUGACAACUUGGAGCUGUCUUGUACUUAAAUAGAUUGAAUGGAGGAAGCACAGAAGGGUAUGUCUUAGAUGAAUGCCAGUCAGCAUGAAGGGGUUGCAGUGCCAGUGUGGCAGAGAAAUACAAGAAGUUUUAGUAAUUAACUCUGGUGAUAGCAGUUCCCAUAUAAUCCUCGUGCUUGGUGGGUUUUAUUCAUGGAGGCCAUGUAGGAGCUGCUUGGAUAAGAAGACUUGAAUGUCCUCUUGGCAGGCAAAAAAGUAAAAAGGAGCCUUUGCCUUGUCUUUGAGAAAGCUUUCCUUGCAAAGAGGAGGAGUUGCAUGUUAGGAGGAAAAUAGGUAUUGUCCUCAAAAGGGCAAAAAACAGGUUGACAGAGACUUCCUAGAGAAACUAGAGCAGCUGAAACUUGAGAAAUUUUGAACACUUCUAAUGAAAUAACUUCUCAGAGGGAUAUGUGGUUGCAGGGUUCUGCUGCCAUUGCUAUUGGGCAGGUUGUAGCUGUGAGUGGCUUUCUCCAGCUGGAGCUGCAGAGCAGGAGCAGAACACUGAGACAGUGCUCAGCCUCAUAGAGGAACACAUUGGUAUGGCUUGGCUGGAAGAGGCAGCUGGAGGCUGGGAUAACCCAGGUUGGUGAAACCAAAUGGGCUAGGUUUGGUCAUAGUUAGUCUAGCAGCUAAAAAAGCCAUGGAAGCAUAGCUACCACUGUUAUGUAUUUAUACAAUAGUGCAAUAAUAAGGAGGGUUUUGGUUUUGUUGUGUAGCUUCCAGUAUGCUUCCAAGAUGGCUCAAAAGAAAUGUUGGUGAACACACCUACAGUAAAAGGUGAGUCAGUGAUCUGUUCAGCUUUGAUAAAUCCUUACAGACACAAGUGAAUAUGCCCCUCUUAACCGACCCACCAUGCCACACAAGCAUGUAAAAGUAAUACUUUAAUGAGCUGGAAGUCAACCCAAGGUUUCUCUUCUCUGUGUUGGACAGGAAAAUUUCUUCAACAGCCGAGCCCUUCGUGAAAUUGGUAGCAUUUCUUAUUGCUUUGUUGUAGAAGCAUCAAACUUUAUUUUGCCUAUCCAUAGUUGAUGUUCUGGGCUUUGCAAGACUGUCUUAGAAAGAUUUACUGUGUGUUGACCAUUCUGAGCUGAGGGGUCUGGGGCAGAUGGUGGCUUUGCAGGAAAGAAAACCAAAAUUGCUGUUUGCUAGUCACUGAACAGUACUUAGAAUGGCUUGAGAAAAUUGAACCUCCAUCAUAAAUUGGAGAUUGUGAGGCAUCUCCCACUUUGUCCUUUGUCUUUGGAGGGUCAGGCGCUAGGGAAGCACGUGCUUGUGAAACACCUUGCUUAUAAAACACCUUGCUUAUACAGGUGAUAGAAAAUAUGUAAGUGCUAUCCAGACUUCCAACUGCUAGUCACUGAAGACUGAAUUACAGGGAAAGUCUUAAACCCUCUCCUGACUCCAAAUGACUUAGAGAGGCAGGAGCAUGCCCAAAAUCUAAGCCAUGCAGCGUGUAUUGCUUGCGGGACUUGGGUCAGCUGCUUAUCCAUGUGCAGCAGCAGUGCUCAAUGCAGACCUCUGCUGAUGUGUGAAUUUUAAACAGCUCCUUCCCACUACAGGUUUUAAAGAUUGCUUACGCUGUUCAGAAUAUUCGUUUGCUUUUGCCUCUUUCAGUUAUAGGUUCAAGGAGGAGAUUUUCAAAGGAGGAAACACCUCCUGCUGGGUCCUGGGCAGAAGGCAGCUAGUGCCAGUACCCUAACCAACCUCUGCAUUUCCAUCCAGAAGAGAUGGCCCUUUUCAGAAAGCAGUGACCUCUGAUAUAGGGUAUCUGAGCAUUUCUGUACUUUCAGUAUGUUGCUACAAGAGAAUGAAUGAAACUUGCACUGGACAGCUUGGUAGCUUGGAAGCCUUCUUCAGUGCUGGGGAUAUGGGUUCUGGUUUCCAAAUUUGCUUACUGGGUAUCUUACCCUUUUUUGUGCUGAACGUAUUAACUAAUGGGAACUGCAAGCUACUGUGAUACAAACUUCAGCAGUAUACCUGGAAUGGAUUUCCUAAAAACAUUCUGGUACAUCUAGUACUACACAUUGCAAGGAGAUGUAAGGUGAAGUCGGCUCCUACCUGAAGUACUGUCUUAUGUUGGGCUCUGCUUGUGCUAUAGAAUUCUUUUAAAUAAAUUCUAUUGCUCAAACAUGAGACUGAAAGGAGAAUGCUUGUUUCAGAAGAAGCACUUCAAAAGCAGCUCCCACCCCAGAGGCCCUGUCCAUUUCUGGCUCCCAGACCAGUGGGUGCUGGCAGAGCUCGGUCAGGGCACACUCCCUGUGCAGUAGGGGUGGGUGCUUUCCCCAGCAUGACCUCAUCUGUGGAGGAAGAAAAACAUGAAUUUCCCUUUCCCAGGCUGGGGGACCACAUGCCAGCUGUGAGGCUUGGCCUGCUGUUUGGUACCAGCACGGGGCCUUGCUGUGAAGGAAGAAUCUCCUUCCGACUGCCUGUGUGAUAGGAGAAACAGAUCUUAACUACAGAAGGGCCCUUCUGGUGGACGUCUGCAUUGGUGAGAUGAAUUGGGAAUAUCCCCUAGAAGGGUGGCUGUGCACAUGGAGGUGUGAACACUGGGGCUUGGCUGCUGUUGGCAGCUGAGGAGGGGCUGCUGUGGGUUCCCCCUGGGCCCAGGUGUCCUUUAGGCUGACAGUAGAGGGCUGCUUUGUCCCACGUGGCCCCUAGUGUUGAAGCACCAGCAGCAGUGCACCGCAGGCACCGGGCCAAGCGGGACAUGCUGAGCAGGGCAUGGCUAAAAGGAAGAGCAGGACUCUUACAGUGAAGAAGUUGUUACAAAAAUCUUUAGAUGAAAUGUGCGUGCUUUUUUUCCUAAGGAUCACAUAAUUUGUAUUUGCUUGAAAUUAAAGGGCAUGGGGCUGGGAGGACCUUCACCUCCUAUCCUCCCACUCUAGUUAUGCUCACAGGACAGCUGCAAGACAGUCUGGUAGCAGGAUGAGCUCCAUGGCAGAGCUAAGGGUCUCGGGUGCUGAGGAGCUGCAUCCCCCUGCGCUGACAUCCCGUGCAGCAGGCAGGGUGCUUCUGGCUGUGUUCCUGGCUGUGCUCCAGCCAGUGCUUCCAGUGCACACGCAAGGCUUUGCAAGAGAUUUUGCUCGAUGCUUUUGCAUGAAGGAAUUUGUGAGACACGACCUUUGUGCAGUGCCUUGCACAGCCCCUGGGAGUCCUGCGUGUCCUCUUGUCUCAUGUGCCUUUGUUUUAAAAUAAUAUUAAGCCUCAGACACCAGCUGAUUUACUUUAAUUCAACAUCCAACUUAUGUUUGAUUUCUUUUCAUAUUCAAGUGAGCCAUCUGGCUUUAAUGAACUGUAACUGUUUUUAAUGCUGCCUCCAGUUGCUAACAUCUGAAUAUUUCAUGUGCUGAAAGGAGGUUUGGAAUGCAGAAGUGAGACUGAGGAGUCCAAAGUGUUUCCAGAUCAUCUCUGCUCCAGCAGCACUCGUGCUCCCCUCCUCUUGAGGUUUAUCAGAAGAUAAUCUUUGGGGUGCCAGACUGUAAGCAUCCGCAGUGGCGGGUGCUAAUUACAAGUGCUUUCACUGUUGUGUACAGAAAACAACAGUGCUGCUUAUCGAAUCCUGAAUAGCUGCCCAGCCUGGGCAGAAUAUCAAUCAGCUUCAGCAGGAGCUGCCAGUGUUUGGCAUCUUUUAAAUAAACAGCCUCUUAAUUUUGGGGAUGUUUAAAUACUUCUAUGUUGUGUUUAAAAAAAAAAAAAAAAAAGAACCAGAUGAGGCUAGCUUUAUAUUGUCUACUUGAAUUCUAGAAGUUAACUGAGAGCUGGAUACCAUACAUUGAAAAUAACUUUUAUUUCACAUACAUUUGCCAGGACUACACUGUUUGAAGCCAGCAGUAAAUCUCCAGCUUGUUGGCCUGGGUGCUUCACGGGGUGUUUGUAUCAGCACUGCCACUGCUUUGUCCUAGCAGUGCGCAGGUGAUGGACAUCCUACAGGCCGUCACCAAGAAAUACUUUGAUUAAUGAUAAACUGCAGUUUGGUGGUUGCUGUGUGCCAAGCUUUGUGCAGGUUAUAGAAUCACAGAACCACCAAGGUUGGAAAAGACCUCCAAGAUCUUCCAUUCCAACUGUCCACCUGCCAUCAGUAUUUCCCCACCAAACCAUCGCCCUCCAUACAACAUCUAAACGCCUCUCGAACGCCUUCAGGGACAGUGACUCCACCACCUCCCUGGGCAGCCCAUUCCAGCACCUGACCACUCUUGGAGAAGAAAUUUUUCCUAACCCGAAUCUCCCCCAAUGCAAUGUGAGGGCAUCAUAGAGUCAUAGAGUGGUGUGGAUUAGGAAGGGACCUCAAGGGUCAUCAGGCUGAUCUCCUAGUCCUGUUUCAUAAAGGAUAAAAGGAACCUUAGAAGCCUAGACUGAGGCUGUCUGCAGAAGGAAACCACCUUCAGCCAGGGUAGAUAGGGAACACGUUGCUGCUGCAGCUUGCCUUGCACAGUGCUGACCUGAAGGGUGUGCGAAGAAGUGAUGGUGGCUGGUAGAAAUUGGUGACUCUGCUUGGUAUGUCGGUAACGGCACGGAGGGACAAAGUGUGUGAGUGAAGCUAACUGGUGCAUGCAGGAGAGCCCAGCCAGGCUGUGCAGUUCCCUGAAAUUGAUGCCAAACUCUGUGGCUCAGCCUGCAGAGCAGAUUAUGUCAGCGUGGAAGUGCCUUGCAGUUGAGUUGAGCUGUGUGCUGCGGCCACCUUGCAAGCCUGGGUGCUCAGAACACAAGCAUUUGCAUUCUGCUGCACUGAGCAUUUUACAGUUACCCUUGGAAAUCCUCCACAAACCCAGAUUACAGAACUUCGGGAUGCUUUUUUUCCCCCCUGUUGUUUUCUGCCCUCUGCGCACUCUGAUAGACCCCGGGGGGGUCUGGCAGUCGUGGCCACCUCAGGCCCUUUUCACAGAGCUGCUGCUUCAGGAUACUUCUAUUUCUAGCAAGAGGCUACGUUUCAAAGGAAAAAACACGCUGUUAGAAUUUUUCAGACCAGAUGUUAGUCACAAUGUGCUUAUUUGAAUGUCAAUACAAAUGGAACUGCAGCCUGCAGAAAGCUACUUAAGUUUGCUGGUGUUCGUAGUGGGAUGGAAAACGAUCUUUUAGUCAUUUGUAGCCAUCUCAUGCCAGGUCCGAUUAGAAUCUCAGAAGUGACGUCAUAGUUGCACCUCCGAAGCAUUGCCGUCCUGAAGAACGUUCACCCGUUUCUGAUGCUCGUUUUGAAGUCAGAUUUUGUGUUUCCAUCUGCUCAGCAACUGGAUCCCUUCAUGAAUGUCCUGGCUGCCAGCAGGAUUUAAAGUGGAAGGCAACUCAUGACCACUAAACUGUGACAAUUCCAGAUUCUCCUGCUUCUGGCUGCUUGGAAUAACCACUGGGCUGCUGUGGAGAUGAAUGGAGAACAGCAGCAUGAUGCAGAUGCUGGUUCUGGUGUGGAAGAUAUGGAAUUCAGUUGGGAUGAAUAUCUAGAAGACACAGGAGCAGUUGCAGCCCCUCAUGGGUCUUUUAAACAUGUGGACACAAGUUUGCAGAAUGGUUUUGCGCCUGGUAUGAAGCUGGAGGUUGCUGUCAAGUCUGACCAAAACACCUAUUGGGUGGCCACCAUCAUUACUACCUGCGGGCAGCUGCUCCUAUUGCGCUACGAUGGUUACGGGGAGGAUCGCAAGGCUGACUUCUGGUGUGAUAUCAUGACAGCUGAUUUGCACCCCAUCGGCUGGUGUGAGCAGAACGAGAAGGUUCUCAAAGUGCCUGAAGGUAUCAAAGACAAGAUACCUGACCAGGAGGAAUUCCUUCAGCGAGUGCUGAAAGGGGCAUGCAGUGCCCCUGCUAACUUGCUGGAGGGGCUUCACAGAGGGAAAAAUCCAUUGGAUCUCAUUGCACCAGGCUCCCGACUGGAACUCCAGAACUCCCGGGAUGCCCUGGAGGCCUGGAUUGUCAAUGUGGUAGAAAAUGUUGGUGGGAGACUCAAGUUGCGAUAUGAAGGGCUGGAGGAUUCUGACAAAUUUGACCAGUGGAUAUUCUACUUGGACCCUUUCCUUCAUCAAGUGGGAUGGGCAACUCAAAACGGAUAUAACCUGCAACCACCUUUAGCCAUUAGGUCUUUGAAAAGUGAAGCAGAUUGGCAAGAAAUCCUGAAGAAGGUAAAAGAGGAGGAAGAGGAGUCAUCAGUUCCUACAGAUCUCUUUAAGGAUAAACCUGUGAUUGGAGUGCAUUCAUUCUCUGAAGGCAUGAAGUUAGAAGCUGUGGACCCAAUGGCUCCCUUUGUGAUCUCUCCUGCCACAGUUCUCAAGGUGUACAAUGAAAAAUAUUUCAUGAUAGAAAUUGAUGACUUGAGGCCAGAGCGUGCAACCAGCCAGUCUUACAUUUGCCAUGUCAACAGUGCUGGGAUUUUCCCAGUACAGUGGAGUCUGAAGAACGGCAUACAUCUCAGUCCCCCACCAGGUUAUCCUGGGCAGGACUUUGAUUGGGCAGACUACCUCAAACAGUGUGGUGCUGAGGCAGCUCCCCAGAGCUGCUUCCCUUCGUUAACUUCUGACCAUGGAUUUAAGGAGAAUAUGAAACUUGAGGCUGUGAACCCAGUUGAUCCUGAGGAAGUUUGCAUUGCUACAGUCACCAAGUUGAAAGAUUCCUACCUCUGGCUUCAGCUGGAGGGCUCCAAGAAGCCCAUCCCUGACUGCAUAGUGAGUGUGGAAUCAAUGAAUAUAUUUCCAGUGGGCUGGUGUGAGACGAAUGGAUAUCAGCUCAGACCUCCUCGCAAAGCAAUAGUAAAUAAGCAGAAAAAGAUUGCAGUAGUUCAACCAGAGAAACAAAUUUUGUCUUCAAGGUCAGUUCAUGAUGGACUAAAGAACCAGGAACUGAACUCUUCAGAUUCAGUGGUAAUUAAUGGAAAGUAUUGCUGCCCAAAGAUCUACUUCAACCACCGGUGCUUCUCAGGGCCUUACCUUAACAAGGGCAGGAUUGCAGAGCUUCCUCAGUCUGUGGGACCUGGGAACUGUGUUCUUGUUCUGAAAGAGGUUCUCACUUUAUUGAUCAAUGCAGCGUACAAACCCAGCCGUGUCCUGCGAGAGCUGCAGUUGGAUGAAGAAGCUGCAUGGCAUGGGCAUGGAGAGACCCUAAAAGCCAAGUACAAAGGGAAGAGCUACCGUGCAACUGUGGAAGUUGUGAGGACAGCAGAUCGGGUGGCAGAUUUCUGCAGGAAAACAUGCAUCAAACUGGAAUGUUGUCCGAACCUCUUUGGCCCUCAGAUGGUGCUGGAUAAGUGUUCAGAGAACUGCUCCGUCCUGACAAAGACUAAAUACACACACUAUUAUGGAAAGCGGAAAAACAAGCGGAUAGGUAGGCCUCCGGGUGGCCACAGUAACCUGGAAGUAGCCAUGAAGAAACCAAAUAAAAGACGGAAGAAACGAAAACAUUUUUUUGUUCAUAAGAAAAAACGUUCUUCUACUUCAGUGGAUAACACUCCAGCUGGAUCUCCCCAGGGCAGUGGAGGAGAAGAGGAGGAUGACCAGGAUGAGGUAGAUGAAGAAUCUCUGACUGAGGAUAGUACAUCCGAGCAGCAAGAUGAACUGCUUGAGGAAUCAGAGGUAUCAGAGAAAAAAUCACUGUCAUCCUCUCCUACACAGAGUGAGCUGUCUCAUUCUCUGACUCAGGACCAAGACAAGAGGAAGAGGAAGCUUAGGACCUUUUCUUUUUCUGAUGAUGAAAAUAAGCCUCCUUCGCCAAAGGAAAUAAAGAUUGAAGUUGCCGAAAAGCUGCAGCUGGACAGCAACCCUUUGGAAUGGAGCGUGGCUGACGUCGUGCGAUUCCUCAAAUCCACUGACUGUGCACCGCUGGCGAGAAUUUUUCUUGACCAGGAAAUUGAUGGCCAAGCACUGCUGCUGCUGACCCUACCAACCGUUCAGGAGUGUAUGGACUUGAAACUUGGGCCAGCUAUUAAACUUUGCCAUCACAUUGAAAGGGUUAAACUUGCUUUUUACCAGCAGUUCGCUAACUGAGAAGCAGUGAAGUUGAAGCGGACCUUUGAAGCACAACUAUGCUCCUUUCUCUCUAUCAAGGAAAGCCAAAAAAAGCUGAACUGGCAACCCAGGAGCAUCAGUCAACCUCCAUUUUUUGCUUUGAAGAAAAGACAACAUCUGGAGGAAAAUGCCAAUGCAAACAUAGGGGCUACUCUACCAGCUGCCAACUUGGGAACACAAUAGUGUCUUGCUCUAUGGUUCCCUUUUUUUAAAGUAUUUUUUAAUGACUACAGAAAAGUUCCCUCUGGUGGGAAGUGACAUUUCAAUAGUUCUGUUGGCACAGAACUUUAAAAGGAGAAACGGAUCCUGUUUACGUUCGCAUGCAGGCUGCCAGAAAUAACCUUUCUAUAUUCCUGGUGAUUCACAGAAUCUCCAUUCCCCGCCCCCAUGGACGGACACUUGCUUUACCACAGCACUGGCUUUGGAAUGUGCUUGGUGCACAUUCAUUUGUUAAUGUUGAGUAUUUUGAUGAAUUUGUUCAUUGUUAGGACAGCAAUGUGACCACAAGGUUCUGAAUGUACAGUAUAGCAAGAGUGUGAUUUGUUUCUUGUUUUGUUUAGAGUUUUUUUGUCUCUGUUGUUGGGUUUUUGUUUUGUCUUUUGUUUUUGUUUUUACUACCUCUGUGGCCUGAACAGUAGAAAUGAUGAACUAAAAAGGGAGGGAACUACUUCUGGACAAUUCAUAGGUAGCUGCACAGCAGUCUCUCUUCCGUAGGCAUGUCAGAAAUACAAAGCAGCAUAAGCAUAUAGAGCUUCUGUUCCAGAGGGUAAGUGGAAUCCUGUGCAGGCUGAACUUGGAUGUUACCUUAUUCUGAGAUGUCAGAAAAUAAUUAUUUUGCACUUCUCUUACAGAUGGGCUGUGGGGUGGGAAGAAAAAAAAAAAAAAAGGAAGAAAAGAGAAAGUGCCUCUGCAUUUUCUUUUAUUAUGGUUUUCAGAUAAAGGAUAUUUUCUUUAUUUUGCCCUUUAGAAUUCUGUGAAGUUGUUUCCCUUUUCUUAAAGAAUUGGGCCAUGUACACAGAGCCUGUCAGCAGCUUUUUGCUUUGUUACCUGUACAUCAUCUUGGAGAAUACACGAAGAAAACUGCGAUCAGUGAGGACUGCAGCGUAGCUCUGCCAGUGUUUGCAUGCUGGAAACUAUCUUAAAGCAUGACUUUGUAUUUUUACCUACUUACAGCUACUCAGGAUCAGACUUGACAACUAUGUGGGGGCUUGGGAAGGGCUUUUUGUGCUUUUUCUAGAGAAAAGGAAAAAGACCUGAGGGGCAUCUAGUUUCAUCAGUAGACCCGCAGUAGGAUGAACUGCUGAUUUUAAUUUUAGACAUUAAACCAGAUCAGCCACUUGCUGUGGACCUGUGCUUCACACUUGAAGUAAGAGGGCUUACCUUACUUUCCAUUAAAGAGGCAGGAAAUUUGCAUCAGGCUUGAGAUCUGCUUCACAUAAGGAUUAGGUUUCCAAUGCUUUGCAUUCAUUUACUUUGCUUGCUCUCACCAGUAUGUGGAGGAGCACGGGCUGGAGCUUUGUGAAGCCAGGAAGCAUGCAGCCCUGGUCCUUCCUCCUGUUCAUUUACCUUUUCAGAUAAAGACCGUGGUGCACUAAGACAGUUGAGGUAGGAAGGUGCUUACUGCAGGGAUUUCUUUAGGAAGAUACAUUUGCUAGCUUCUGUGUGGUUACUCUGAUCAGUGGAUAAAUUCAGGCUUCUCUAAGGCCUAAAAUGAUCGGUUAUUCUGGGGCUGGGAGCUGUAGAUUCAUUGAAGAGGUCAUCUGUAAACUAAGAGCUGUAAACUAAGAGGAGCUGAGUUUGCACAGUCUGUAUCCACCACACAUGUUGAGGGGAGUGAUGACCAAUGAAAACUGUUCUGAGGAAGCAAAACUAAAUGACUGAUUUUGAUUUCUUUUGCUGUGAGCCCCUUAGAAUAGCUACCUCACCGAGGCAGAACUACUUACAGAAGUGCUAAAAUGCAAAAAGUUAAAUUGAAAACAAAAUGUCCCUUUUUCUUCCCUGCCCCAAAUAUGUGGCCGAUGAAAGGAUGUUUUGGCUCUUUGUGUGACCCUCCUGUACCCCAUUCAUUUAGUGUAGGCUCAGUGAGAAGCAUUUAUGCCUGAAAAGUUUUUUGAAAGAAACCUUGUUGCUUUGCUGUCAGCAUCUUGUCUUGAGAAAUUUGACCAGCAGAGAACUUCUGGGCUGAAAGAUGAUGCUUUUGUCAUUCUUCAGGGAUUCCAGAAUUCCCUUGUGUUGUUAAAGAAGCUGGUACCCAGCAGAUUUACUUGCAUAGCCAAGAGAUGUUACUUCCAGAUAGAUGUCCUUCAGAGUAGCUGUCAGGAGAGAACAGAGCUUAAAGGAUAACUUAGUGAGCCUGUUCACAUGGCACCUAGGGUAUAAAUACAAAAGUCAUACUUCUUUUAUUCAGCAAAUAAAGCAGUCGGUUUCAGAGGUCAGCGGGAGACUUACUGGUCACCUUUGGCAUGUUUUAUAGGCUGGAUUUUUCUGCCUUGUUUUGGGAGGCACUGACAGUCUGGUCCCAAUGGGAUCUGUUUUUGUUGUGAUUUUCGAUAGGGAUGUUUUCAUUAUUUGUGAAAUGUUUUUAUGCUGCACACGGGUACUGUACACUCUGUUUCCUGGAAGAAGACGCACUCUUUUACUGUUGGAUUUUAAAAGGAAUAACUGGGGCUUAAUCUUGAUGAAUGGUGUUUCUACACAGCUAUUUCAGCUUUUUCUUCUUAUCUAUGUGGCAGAUAACACAACCGCACUUACAUUUGUUCAUCUUGCAGCAAUAUGACUUAAAUCAGCUCACAUUCUGCUGUCUUUCUUCAAAACUGGGUUUUUGGGUAGCUCAGUGCUCGAAUCCUUGGCUUCGGGAUUAUAUCUGUGUUUUACCAGCAGGAAAUGCUGGGACUUCAGUAAUUCAAUUUGGCUUCAGAGGUUUGUGCUGUCCUCUACCAUUUCCAUUCGUCACAAAACAUGACAAAGCUGAAGUCCAAGAGGGAAGCAGUGGUAUCUUGCAAAUGGCUUCAUUACAAGAAAAUGAACCCUCCAUUGGGCCUCGUGUACUGUUUAUAUAGAUGGUAAAAGGAGAUGCUGCUUAAAUGACCCACUGAUGGCUUAUACUCUUGUCUGUCUGAUUUUUGUAUGCAUUGUACAGCCUUGGUUUGCACAUUAUAGCUUUAGAAGCCUGGUGGUGCCUCUAUAUGGCACUCACACUGUGCUAAGCUUAGCCUCACUAGGCAGCAAUAUUUCGCUGUUGAGUUACUGCAGUGUGCAGAAUCAACACAAGGAACCCAUACGAGAAAUAUUUGACUUGUAAAACUGUCAUGCAAGGUUAAUGUGGUAGAAUGAUCCCCAAAGGCAUGAGCAGCUUGCUGUUCACCUUAAGCUGAAAGUGACCCUUCCAGAAGAGGGGAGGUGCAGCACUAAGCCCUUCUGCAAGUUGCUCUUUGAGAAAGAAAGAAGGAAAAGGAAAUUCAUUUGUGUCUUGUAUAGAACACCACGGAUGUCUGAUGUAUCUCCUGGGGUUAAUGGAGUACAGAGUUCAGAGUGGUUAGGGUUACUUUUUCCUGUCACAACUUUCAGCAUUAUUUUGUUGUUGCUUUAAACUUUACUAGGGUUUAUUCUUGAUUCUGCCAAUGCUUUAAAGGAGGAAGGGAGUAUUUUGCUGCUAAGUCCACAAAAGUGUAAAUGUAUUUACAGUAGAUUGGACUGAGCACUCACUCCAUUCUUCUGUAUGAAAUACAAAAAUGUGGCAAAAGGAGAGGUGGCUUGGGAGAUUUUUGAAUGUAAUUGAAUAGGCUUCAAAACUGUCAAGCUCAGAUUGGAGACUGAAUACUUUUGAACCAAACCUGUUGCUAGAGAAUAGGUUGUUAGACGAAGUAGCCUUACCAGAAAGCCAAAAAUACGAUGAUCCAAUAUAAAGCUACUCCUUAACCAGUCCUGUCACUUGGUGGCAGACUGGUUACUGCCUGCUGUGAGCUCAAAUCGCUGAACAAUAAGCAAGCACAAAGACAUAGGCUCUGUCAAGGAGACUUCAGAUGCUGUCCAAAGGCUCCAUUUUAAAGGGAUUGUGUGCUGAACCACCUUUCAGAGUGCUGCUGAACUCGCCCAAGCAUGCAUGUAGCCUUGUUUUCAAAGGCAGCCUUAUGGGUGAAGGAUUUGGAAGGGGACUUGAGAACAUCUGGGUACAGCAAGCCUCUCUACUGUUAUGUGUGUGUGUGUGUUUGGUUUUUUUUAAAAUGAUGAUAACAGUCUGUAUGGAAUCUAGUGAAAACAACUCACGUUUAGUGGCACUUUGUCUCCAUGGUCAUUUCCAGCUUCUUCAGAGUUGCAUCUCUUGUCCCGAAAUGCACCAGACAAUAAAGGUGGAUUUUUUGAUGGGAAGACACAGUUCCCGUUAGGUGCAAAGCCAGCGGUGUCUGGCUCAGCUUUAAGCCAUGGGAGCGAGCAGGUCUUGCACUGACAAAACUCAUCCUGACAGCAUGACGGCGGGCACGCAGCCUGCAGACGUCCUCUGGCGUUGCACAGUUCAAGAGGAACAGGCCUGCUGCUCGAGUCCUGCUCAACGUGUGUGAAUGAACAAUGAAUUCCGGGCACAAAUGGUUCUUGCCCACUCCCCAAAAGUUGUUGACCACCAGUUUCCAAGAAACCUUGUGGAAAAAUAUUUUUUUUUUUUCUGGAGGCAUCAUCUUUCUCCGCUCCUCUUUGAUUCCUUUUAUUAUUAUUAUUAUUUCUGUUUAAAAGAAAUUAAAAAAUAAUCCUUGUAGACAAUCAGAGGCCUUUGGGGAGGCUUUGCCCUAAGGGGUACCUGCUCUCCACGCCUGGGCCUGUUUCUUAUACUAACUCAUUGGAACUGAUGCACUUUUCCUGUAUUUCGCCUUUUUUUAAUUAGCUGCUUAUUCUUAAACAAAGAUUUAAAUGCAUAUUGUGUUGUGUCCCUUCUGCUUCUGGUUUUAUCCUUCUUUCACUUUUAAAUAUAUAUAUAUAUAUAUAUAUAUGCAGUGAGACUGAAGUACUAAAUGGAAGAGAAACACGAACAAGAGAACGCGCGUGCGAAGCGCCGCCGCUGCUGGAGCAGGUGGAACAAUUUAACCAGAGGCUUUUUUAAAAAAUAUUUUGGAGGGAUAUUUUGCUUGUUUUGCCUGUAAAUAAUGUACAUAAGUUUGUGGUAUAUGAUGGUUUUAAGUGGUUGUAAGAAAAUUAAAAGAAGAUACUUAAACUGUCA